AUGGGGAUUUUUCCCGUUAAAAUAUUACGCGAACGUAUUUCGGCGUUAUUAAUGCUAUCGGUGGUUAUAGCGGCGGCCGCGUACGGUAUUUCGUUAUAUUAUACGCCGUUGUUUUUUGCGUUUACGCAAAACGUAACCCCGCUCGAAACUGGGUUGGACCUUAUACCGUUUAUCGGGAAUUUUAUCGGUAUUAUAAUUAUCGCCAACAUUUUACUAUCGCGGUUUAGGUUAUACGCGCCGCUGUGUAUCGUAUUUAAGGCGGUGGCCGCGGGGGAUGCAGUUAAAAAAGGCGAUUAUAUUACGGCGUUUAUAACGCUGCAAAUAUUAAACGUUACGCUAUUUAUUUUUGUAAACGACGCGUUAAAGUUUUAA